UGUAAUAAUGAAGGAAGGUGCAGGGUUUACAUAUCACUGCAGGUAAAGUCCGGGGCGCCAAGCCCGAGCAUUGCUCGACGUCAAGAUUCAAUACAUCCCCAAGCUACUAGUAGUUGUAAAGCCGGCGAACACCACAUACUAUCGCAACGAACCUCCUCAACUAUCCGCCCCAGACUCUUCGUAUCGAGUGGCCCACGAUGCGCGCGACCUCGCGCUUAUUUGCGACCGUCAAGUCGGCUUCAAAAUACCUUGAACCCGAUAUCCCGACCGGCCUCACAGGUCUCUCUACACACCCAUCUCCCCGUCCCGCCCUCAUCUACACAUACCGUCAGACCCUGAAGAAGCUCGCCCAGAUACCAGCAAGCUCGGUCUACAGACAGUCGACCGAAGCUCUAACGAAGCACCGGCUCGAGAUUGUUGAAGCACAGAAACCGGAGGGAUACGAGGCGUGGCUCGAGCGAGCACGCAAGCACAUCGAAGCCAAUUCUGCGGCAUACAAUAAACUACUGAAUGAGGAUGGAUCGCUGGGCAGCGAGAAAGCACACGUCGACCGCGUGGAUAUCUGGGAUGGUGCGGUGACGAGGCAGGAUGCACUUGCGGAGGGACCAAACUCGCCAUCCCAAGCCGAGAAGAAGGCAGCUAUCCUUGCGGCCGAGGUUCAGAAGGUGGAUAAAGCGGCUGAGCACGGAGAAGUCGCCACUGUUGAAGACAUCGAGGCCGAGCCGCCUUUGACGAGGGAACAGAUUGAGACAAUCGAAAACAAGAUUGGCGCUGGCCUGAUCGAAGAGGUGGUGGAAGUCGCUGAAGGUGAAUUGGCACUUGUGGAUGAGAUGUUGAUGAAUCAUGUAUGGGAGGAGCUCGAAGAAAAGAUACCACCGGGACAAUGGGAGUACUUUGACCGGGGUGAUAGAGUGUAGAUGCUUGUUUCGCAUGGCGUCGAGUGGCAAGCCUGUAUAUACAAUUUCCGAAUUCGAGUCAAGAUCGAGAUCACUGCGUCCACCACGUCUCUGUCCCUUCACGCUUGUCCCACAGGCAACACAUCACUGGCUAAGCAAGAUGAUGGAUGUUCCAGUAGAGUCAAAAUGCAACCAUGAAACCCAAAC